GCUGUGAACCUCCCUACUAGCAGUCUAGCACUGUUACGGGUUGUUCCGGCUGAGGUCAAUUAAUCUCGUAAUUUACAGUAUUUUGCUUCUAUGCAUCGCGUCUUGAUUUUCAACGUACGACGACAUUCGAAAUAGCCCAAUUGCUUCUACUACCAUGGGACAAUCAAUCUCAUCCCCGCCUCCCGCAACUGUAACGCGCACUUCUCCACCGUCAUCAUGCCCAAUGCAUGAUGUGCCCAGCACUGGCUGUCCAAUCCAGCACAACAACCCACCUGUUGCGAAAUCCUCGGGUGGAUGUCCCAUCGAUCACUCUUCUCUCAAUACAUUGAAUCCCACAAACCAGAUGCCCAAUCUCCCUCAGACUCCGAUAUCCCCGCAAGCCGUACCACUACCAACUGAGCGUACGAUGUCAUCGAUACCACGUGUGGUGGACGGUGAAACCAAAACUGACACACACCAAACGUGGGAGUACCCAUCCCCUCAACAGUUCUAUAAUGCAUUGGUAAGAAAAGGUUUGGAUACGUCUCCUGAGCAUAUUGAGACGGUGGUGGAAAUACACAAUUUCUUGAAUGAGAGAGCUUGGGGAGAAGUGAUGAAGUGGGAGAGGAGGGUUGCACAGGAGGGUGACGAGGAGCCGCAUCUUGCUCGCUUUAAGGGACGUCCGGGCGAGAUGUCGCCAAAGGCAAGGUUCUGGAUGCUGGCUGGCUGGCUGCUUCCUUCUAGAUUCAACACUGAGCCUCCAUUCGAUCGCCAUGAUUGGAUAGUACGUCGUCCGCGCGAUGGAACAGAGGUUCGCUAUGUCAUAGACUAUUACUCUGCACCGUCUACUCCUAACGGAGACCCCGGUUUCGCAUUGGAUGUCCGACCUGCUCUCGACUCGUUGGAAAGCGUUCAACAGCGUGUAGCAGUGGGUAUGGACGACGUAUGGGAGGGGCUUCGCGAGAAAGGGUGGGGAAAGAGAGAACGUGGGGGUACGCAACAGGCAAGGUCGUAGAAGAUUAUUGAGCAUGCGUGCUCUACAUUCCUGAUACUGGAUCAGUCGUCCGACUGUUGAUAUUUAUGUUGUCUUGAGUAAGCUAAUGAACACCUCUCCUAAUAUAAUAGA